GACACUAUUCACCCGAUGGAUGUUCAGAUGGCUGUGUUUCAUUGUGCUGAUAGUUUUUUAAAGCAGCUGAUGGUGACUAAACUGUCUCAGUGUCAGUACGCUCUGCCUCUGCUUGUUCCUGAUCCAUUCACACAAGAGAUUGAGUUUCCUCUCUGGACAUUCAGACAAAUCAAUAAGAGCUGGAAGAUGAAAGAUGCCAAAAAUGAAAUCAGUCAAAUCCAGCCUGUCUGGAAGGCAGAAACACCAAUGGUGUCUUUCUUCAAGUUUGGCUCUGUAUCCUCAUCCAAAUCUCAGCUGAUGAACAAUCUAAUAAAUGACAAACACAACACGUUCUUCCACAGGCAUUGCCCAGGCAGCAGCAAAACCAGACUACUGAUGGAUGGAGUGGUGGAGAUCGCUUGGUACUGCCCCUCUGGGAAAGAUACAGAUAAAUUCAAUCAAUGUAUUGCUUUCUGUAACCUUCAUGGUGAUGCAGGAGACAGUGAGAAACAGCUGCAGAUCCUCACUGAAAUGGCCUCAGUCAAUGUUGUUGUUCUACCACAACUUGGCAAGAAUGACAGAUGUGCAGAACAGAUCCAAAACCUGUACAAGGACAGAAAGCCACUUAUUUGUCUUUUUACAGAUGAUGAGUUUACUGCAACUAAGACAAAGAAGGGAAAAUACAAAAUUGGUUUGAAAGACAGAAAUCAGUCAAAUGUUUAUGUUGAACUCAGAAGAGCUAUAAAUGAUUGUCUCUCAGGAUCACGCUCCAGUUUCAUACUUGAAGAUAUGUCCGAAUACUUCAAACAGCAUUGUCCAAACAUCAGAGUAGAUGAGAAAUAUGAUGAUGACUGCAAAAGAGGAAAAGAAGCAGCCCAGCAGAUGAUGAGUUUACUGGAAAAGAAAAAGUUAACAGAAAUGAAAGAAUCAUUUCUGCCCUGUCAGGGGAAACUGUGGCAUCAGUGGUGUGAAAAAAACAAAGAACUACAUCGAUCACAGGGUAAUGAAACAGAAAUAGAAAUAAGUGGAAUUCACAGUGAAAUGAAGAAAAUCCGUGAUGAGCAGUAUAACUGUAACAUUAGUGAGUUUAUGAAGUUCUUCAUUGAAGAAAUUAAUUCAAAGGAUGCAAAUAAGAAAAAUUAUUUUCUUAAAUGGAUCAGAAUUCUCCUGGAUGAAUAUACCUCAGAUUAUCUUUCACAUUUGACCAAUGAACAUGCAGAACUUGAUAGGAUAUCAAGAGAACUUCAAGCAGCAACCUUUGGCUUGGAGCACAUCCUGAGGGAGAUCGGUCAGAUCUAUGAAUCGUGUAAAUCAUUGAAUAAGAACAAGGAAGGUCUGCCGUGUGAUUUUUCUUCUCUCCCGAGUCUUGCAGCAGAGAUGAUGAUCUCUGGAUUUCCACUGGAGCUGAUGGAUGGAGACGCUGCUCAUGUUCCUGUGGUCUGGGUUACUGCUGUUCUACAUGAACUCAUUCAGAAACUGGGAGACAAGAGAGUGUUUGUGCUGUCAGUUUUAGGGAUUCAGAGCUCUGGGAAAUCCACUAUGCUGAACGCCAUGUUUGGACUCCAGUUUGCCGUCAGUGCUGGCAGAUGCACCAGAGGAGCUUUCAUGCAGCUGGUCAGAGUUUCAGAGGAGAUGAAAAAACAGCUGAAGUUUGACUAUAUUCUGAUUGUUGAUACUGAGGGGCUUCGUGCUCUAGAACUGUCUGGAAGAUCAACAAGACAUCAGGACAAUGAAUUGGCAACAUUUGUUGUUGGUCUUGGUAAUUUAACAUUAAUCAACAUUCUUGGAGAAAACCCAUCAGAGCUGCAGGACAUUCUUCAGAUCGUUGUUCAGGCCUUCAUGAGGAUGAAGAAGGUCAGACUGAAUCCCAGCUGCAUGUUUGUUCAUCAGAACGUUUCAGAAGUCACAGCCGGAGAGAAAAACAUGGAGGGAAGGAGACGGCUGCAGCAGACGCUGGAUGAAAUGACAAAACUUGCUGCUAAAGAUGAAGUCUAUGAUGCAGAAUGUUUCAAUGAUGUCAUUACUUUUGAUAUUCAGAAGGAUGUGAAAUAUUUUGCACAGCUCUGGGAGGGCAGCCCACCUAUGGCACCAUCGAACCCUGACUACUAUGAAAAUGUUCAAGACCUAAAGAAAUAUAUUCUUUCUCAUGCCUCAAAAUCAGAUGGAAUGAUGUCAAUAGACUUAAAAUAUCGGAUUAAAGAUCUCUGGGAGGCUUUGCUGAAUGAAAAAUUUGUGUUCAGCUUCAAAAAUUCAUUAGAAAUUUCAGCAUACAGGAAACUGGAGACAGAAUACAGCAAGUGGUCUUGGAGUCUCCGCAGUGCCAUGCUGGAAAUUGAAAACAAACUACACAUCACAAUUAAAAAUGAGGUGACUAAUAAAGUUGAGGAGACAGAUCUUCAAACAGAACUGAAUAAGACAAGUGAAGAAGUGAAAAAAUCAAUGUCAGAGUUCUUCAAGACAGACACAUAUGCAGCUGUACUGAUACAGUGGAAAGCACACUUUGACUUCAAAAUCACAGAGCUUCAGGAAAACAUUGUGAGAGAAACAAAACAGAAAUUAAAUGAAAUUCUUAAGCAGCGAGACACAGUGAAAGAGAUUGAUGCUCAGAAAACACGUCACAUAAACACUCUCUUUAACAAGAGCAAAGAGCUUGCCUUUAAACUUAAAGACAAAGCAAAGGAUGAAGAAACACUGAAGAAAGAGUUUGAUCUGUUUUGGGAACAAAGUGUUAAGAAGAUCAACACAGACAAGCAAACUUCAACCAGAGAAAUUGACAUAUUUGGAGACAUGAAACGAUUCCUCAGUAACAACUAUAAAAGUGUUCCUGUAGAUGCCUGGACAGAGAGCAUGGAUAUUUUCUCUCUGCCAAAUUAUUCAGAUUAUGUACAGUUCAAGAAAUCUAGUGGAAUUAAAGGACAUGUUCAAAAUAUGGUAAUAUCAGCUAUAGAGAAGUUUGGCAACACUUUGUCUAAAGAAGAUGAAACCCAAAUCAGAACCUUAGUCAGUGACAUUGCUCGACAGGCAGACAAUAUGAUCAUGUCAUAUAACAUUGCAACAGUGGGCUACAACAAAACCUACAUUCAACAAAUCACAGAUUGCAUUAUGGGUAGAGUAACAGAACAUCAGGAUAAACCAGUGAAAUAUGUGUUCAAGAAUGAUUUCUUCAUGGUUUUAGUGUAUUCCAUCUGUAAGAGAGCAAAUAAGACAUUCACUGACCAGCACAGACUUUUCAAAGAAGCCAAUGAUCCUGCAAUAUAUGUUAGAAAGAAGAGAGAAGAGUACUACAGCAUUUUUACAAAACACCUCAAUGGUGCAACAUCUACUGCCAUUUUUGGUGAAAUCAUCUGUCAGAAACUUAAAGAGCCUGUUGAACAAAGUGUCUACAAAAAUACUGCCAGAAAUUUGACAGGUGAAAUUAGAAAAAACUGUCCACUGCUCAAGGAAAAAAGAUCAGAACUGGAGAAACACAUCCUGAAAUAUCUGGCUGAACAUGAGGAUUUUUCUUCAUACAUGAACUACAUUCAUAAUCCCAGAGAUUUAUUCAAGAGCUUCAUCAGUGUUGUUGUCAGCCAGUACAUCACUGAUAAUUUUAGUGAAAAUCUUAGUGUUCUUCCCAAGAUUAAGGAAAACACUGCACUCCUGCAGAAAAAGAUCAUAGAAGCAGCACAUGAAGCUACUGAACAUGUUCAGGUAAACAGUGGUGAUGUUAAUUUGUGGUUGAAGCGUUUCACAGAGCAGCUCUCAGAUGUGCUGAUAUUCUCUGUAAAAGACCUCAGUGGAGUGAGUCGUGAUGGUGUGGAUGAUCUCAACCUCCUAGAAGAAGUUAUAAAAAAAGAACUUAAUCUGUCUGAUAUAGGCAGAGAGAUCAGUGCAGACACAUUUGUUCAAAAACUGAACCCCAUGGACAGACCAGAUGAGAUUCUGAGUAAUGAGCUCUGUAAGUGCUGUUGGGUUCAAUGUCCAUUCUGUGAAGCCUCCUGCACCAACACAAUAGAAAACCAUCCUGGACAUCACAGUGUUCCUUUCCAUCGAGUGACUGGACUCAAUGGAUACUAUUAUGAUCAAACACAUAAUUUGUGUGCAGAUUUUUGCUCAACUGUAGUGGCCAGUAAAAAAUCAUUUAAAACAUCAGAAAAGUGGAUCCCAUAUAAAGAAUACAGAACUGCAGGAGGAGUUUAUGCAGAGUGGAGCAUCACCCCUGACUUCUCUGAGCACCCAUACUGGAAGUGGUUUGUGUGCAGAUUCCAGAAAGAUCUGGAAAUGCACUAUGGGAAAUCAUUUCAGGGGAAUGGUACACUCCCAAGACAAUGGAAAACAUACAGCAAAGAGGAUGCAAUUGAGAGUUUAGAAGCACAGUACAUUUUGAGUUGUGAUGGUCUCAGCAGAUCAGGUUGA